AUGAGUGAUGCAGCAAAAGGAAUUUCGUAUCUUCAUGAUAAUGUAAUAUUACACAGAGACAUUAAACCAGACAACAUUCUUGUGUUAUCACAAGAUAUAAAUUAUAAAGUGAAUGCUAAAUUGACUGAUUUUGGAUCAUCAAGAAAUAUUAACUUGUUAAUGACAAAUAUGACUUUCACCAAAGGUGUUGGAACUCCAAAAUAUAUGGCACCUGAGGUGUUGAACAAAAAGAAGUACACAAAAAGCGCAUAUGUGUACUCGUUUGGUGUAUCUUUGUUUGAAUGUGCUAUAUGGAAAGACCCAUAUUUGGAUAAACAAUUUAAAUUUGCAUGGGAUAUAGUCGACUUUGUUGUGAGUGGAAAACGCCAAAAAAGGCCGUCUUACUUGAAAGAAGACAUAUACAACAUUGUGGACGAUAUGUGGUGUCAAGACGUACACAAAAGAAUAAACGUGAGAGAUGUAAUAUUGAAACUAGAAAGCAUUAACAUUUAA